AUGUUCAGAGAAGUUGAAAAUGUCGUGUUGGUGAGACACAGCUCAGGUGGAGGAUGGAGACCGAAGAAGAAAAUAUACCAUAGAGUUCAUGAGCUUGAUAAAGCCAUAGACUUGAAGAAGAAACCAGCUCUGAUACUUGAGCUGAAAUCCAUUAUUCAGACACAGAAACAUGGAAGCAUUCUUCUAAGGGAUCUUGAGAAGCAUGUUGGGUUUGUUCACAAGUGGAAUUUAAUGGCUGCCAUUGAGAAGUACCCUUCGAUAUUCUAUGUUGGUGGUGGAAACAAAGAACCUCCUUUUGUUAUGUUGACUGAGAAAGCUAAAGAGAUUGCAGCUGAGGAAGGUGAAGCUAUUGAGUCAAUGGAACCUAUUCUGGUUAAGAAUCUCAGGAAGUUAUUGAUGAUGUCUAUUGAUUGUCAAGUGCCUUUGGAGAAAGUUGAGUUUAUUCAAUCUGCAAUGGGUUUGCCUCAUGAUUUUAAGAGUACAUUGAUCCCUAAGUACCCUGAGUUCUUCUCUUUGAAGGUUAUUAAUGGAAAAGUUAAUCUUGUUUUAGAGAAUUGGGAUUCUUCACUUGCAAUCACUGCAAGAGAGGAUAAGUUAUCUCGUGAAGGAGUUCUCGUCGAGCCAAUUGGGAACAGAAAGAAGGUUAGGAUCACAAAAGAUGGUAAUUUCUUGGGAAGAAAUGCGUUCAAGAUUUCUUUUCCUCCUGGUUUUAGGCCUAAUGCAAGUUAUCUAGAGGAAUUUGAGAAGUGGCAGAAGAUGGAAUUCCCAUCUCCGUACUUAAACGCAAGAAGAUUUGAUGCCGCGGAUCCUAAAGCUAGGAAACGAGUUGUAGCAGUGCUUCAUGAACUGCUCAGUUUAACAAUGGAGAAGAGAGUUACGUGCGCUCAAUUAGACGCGUUUCACUCGGAGUAUCUACUUCCAUCGAGACUAAUACUUUGCUUGAUAAAGCAUCAAGGGAUCUUUUACAUUACUAACAAAGGAGCAAGAGGUACAGUCUUUCUCAAAGAAGCUUAUGAUGGUUCUAGUUUAAUCGAGAAAUGCCCAUUGUUAUUGUUCCAUGAGAGAUUUGUUGCACUCUGUGGUCGGAGAGAAGUCAGUUUACGUAACGAAAAGCUGUCUUCAAGCGUUAUCUCCUAA